UAUCAGGCUCCUGAGUGAGAGUGAGGGAUUUUUGUUUGUUUUUCUGAAAGGGGAGGUGGGAGGAAAAAAAAAGGGAAGUAUGUGAAGAAGGAAGGGUCUGUUUGAGCUGGCCAAACAGACCCUUUUUGCAUGGUUUGGUUUGUUGGACAAAGCGCAAAAUUUGACCUCGGACCUUAGAUUUGUACCUAAGCUCUGCUACUAAAUACAUGUGUGUGACCUCAAGACAAGUAAUGUAACCCAUCUGUGCCUCAUUCUCCUAGUUUGUAAAAUGAGAGAGGAUUGAACUAGAUGUGUCUCCUAACAUCAUCCUAAUAUGCAAUUUGUGAUUCCAAGGCUGGAGUGAGGAGCUGAGAUUUAGUCAUAAAGAGUUGAUUUUAUUUUCUUUAUGUGUAACUUGAAGGAACUGGACUAGCUCUCCAGUAUCCCUUUUUAGCUCUCAGUCUCUAGUUGCUUAAGCAUUUUGAACCCUAAUGGGUAAUCCCAACAACAUUCUUUUGAUGAAAAUACUCUGUAAAUCCUAACCACUUAGAUCACAGAGAGGUAUUAAGUCUGAAGAAGAGGUUUAAGAGAAAGCUUGGUUUUGAGAAUUGCCUCUGUUCCCAUGAUCUUAAUCUGUAUAGGGCUAACUCCCAAAUGUGUAUCUCCUGUCCAGAUCUUAUUUUUAAACUCCACAUCCACAUAUUAUGCAUAUGCCUGUCUGAUCAACAUUUUCAAACUCAUUAUGUCAAAAACCAAACUCAACAUCUUUUUUUUACUUUCAGACUUCCCUGGCUCUGUCAAUGACAUCAUGUUCUCAGUCACCCAAGCUCAGAACCUAAGGAGGCAUCUUCAGUUCCUAUCCCUCCCUUGGUUCCACUUAGUCAGUAUUCAAUUCCUCUGUAUUCUACCUUAGGGACAUCUCUGUCAUUUGUCCCAUCCUUAUUAUUAUCACUGCUACCAUCUUAGUUAAAGCCCUUAUUAACUUUUCUUGAAUUAUUGCAACAGGUUCCUAACUGAUCUACAGUCAUUCAGCAAAAACUACCUUUUACUAAUUUUGCUAAAGCAUAGUUUUGAUCAUGUCACUUGCCCACACUAGAUCCUCAUUGCUUAAAGAAUAAAGUCGAGACAGCAUCAAAUUCAUAAGUUUGAAGUUUGGCUAAGUUUGAAGCAGAAGAGUUCUUCGUGUUUUAUUGUCUUUUUUUUUUUUUUACCAGUCACCACUGGAGUAAAAUACUGCUAGAUAUUGUACUGAUCCAGAAUUGAGACUCCACAGAAAGUUGGGGAGGCAAGAGUGGUUAUAAGAGCACUUAACAUGGAAGAUAAGGAAGCUGAUGAAACAAAGAGGGCCAUAAUAGUCUGGAGUUUGAAUGAACUGGAAACAUUAUGUAAUCAGCUUUACAUAGGGACUGAUCUUUCACAACGAAUACAGGCUGAGAAAGCUCUACUGGAACUUAUUGACAGUCCAGAUUGUCUCAGCAAGUGUCAGCUUUUAUUAGAACAAGGAACAUCAUCCUAUUCUCAGCUACUUGCAGCAACAUGCCUUUCAAAACUUGUCACCAGAGCGGUUCCUCUGCCAAUUGAACAAAGGAUAGAUAUCCGUAAUUACAUUCUGAACUACAUAGCAUCUCGACCCAAAUUGGCUCCCUUUGUCAUUCAAGGACUUGUUCAAGUCAUUGCUAAAAUCACCAAGCUGGGAUGGUUUGAGGCUCGGAAAGAGCAAUUUGUUUUCAGAGACAUUAUUGCUGAUGUAAAAAAGUUUCUGCAGGGUACCAUGGACCAUUAUGUUAUAGGAGUAGUAAUCCUUUCUGAAUUGACUCAAGAAAUGAAUCUGGUUGACUAUUCUAGACCUUCAGCAAAACACCGGAAAAUAGCUACCUCAUUCAGGGAUACAUCACUCAAGGACAUUUUAGUGCUUGCAUGCUCACUCCUAAAAGAAGUGUUGGCAAAACCUUUAAAUCUUCAGGAUCAAGUUCAACAAAAUCUGGUAAUGCAGGUCUUGAAACUUGUCCUCAACUGUCUUAAUUUUGACUUCAUUGGCAGUUCAGCAGAUGAAUCUGCAGAUGAUCUUUGCACAGUACAGAUUCCAACAACUUGGAGAUCAAUUUUCCUGGAGUCAGAAACUUUGGACCUUUUCUUCGAUUUGUAUCAUGCCCUUCCACCUUUACUAUCUCAAUUAGCACUUUCUUGUUUAGUUCAGUUUGCUUCUACAAGGAGAUCUUUAUUUAGCGGUCCAGAACGUGCUCAGUACCUUGGUAACUUAAUUAAAGGAGUAAAAAGGAUACUCGAAAAUCCUCAGGGUUUGGCAGAACCAGGAAGUUACCAUGAAUUCUGUCGAUUUUUGGCUCGUUUAAAGACUAACUACCAGUUGGGAGAAUUAAUAAUGGUGAAAGAUUAUCCUGAAGUUAUCAGAUUGAUCGCCAAUUUUACCAUUACUAGUCUCCAGCAUUGGGAAUUUGCACCCAACAGUGUUCAUUAUUUGUUAACACUGUGGCAGAGAAUGGUAGCAUCUGUACCUUUUGUUAAAUCAACGGAGCCUCAUCUAUUAGAUACAUAUGCACCUGAAAUCACAAAGGCAUACAUUACUUCCCGAUUGGAAUCUGUCUCCAUAAUCAUCAGAGAUGGUUUAGAUGAUCCACUGGAUGAUACAGCUACUAUAUUUCAGCAGCUUGAACAGUUGUGCACUGUCAGCAGAUGUGAAUAUGAAAAGACAUGUGCUCUUCUUGUACAAUUAUUUGACCAAAGCACAGAGAAUUAUCAGAAACUGCUACAGUCAUCUACCAGAGCAUCUGUAAAUAUAGCAGUCCAAGAAGGACGUCUUGCAUGGCUGGUAUACUUAAUCGGUACUGUUGUAGGAGGAAGACUAACUUACACUAGUACAGAUGAACAUGAUGCAAUGGAUGGAGAAUUAUCUUGCCGAGUUUUUCAGCUUAUAACCUUGAUGGAUGCCCAGUUGUCUCAGUCUAGUAAUGAAAAAAUAGAACUUGCAAUUCUUUGGUUUUUGGAUCAGUUUCGAAAAACAUAUGUGGGUGACCAACUUCAGCGAACCUCAAAGGUAUAUGUCCGAAUGUCAGAAGUCUUGGGAAUAACAGAUGACAACCAUGUUCUAGAAACAUUCAUGACAAAAAUUGUUAUAAAUCUUAAAUUCUGGGGGAAAAGUGAGUCUGUGAUAGCAAGAACUCUGCAAUUCCUAAAUGAUCUUUCUGUUGGUUAUAUUCUUUUAAAAAAACUGGUGAAAAUAGAAGCUGUGAAAUUCAUGCUUCAAAACCAUACUAGUGAGCACUUCCCUUUUCUGGGUGUGAGUGAGGGCUACAGUCUCAGUGACCUCAGAUGUCGAACAACAUUCUACACAGCUCUUACCCGCCUCCUCAUGGUUGAUCUAGGUGAAGAUGAGGAUGAAUUUGAGAAUUUCAUGGUUCCUCUCACAGUUUCAUUUGAAACAGUAGCUCAAAUAUUCAACAACAACUUUAAACAGGAAGAAACUAAGCGUAUGUUGAUCGGGCUGGCAAGAGAUCUUCGAGGGAUUGCCUUUGCACUGAACACAAAGACCAGCUACACCAUGCUGUUUGACUGGAUCUACUCAACCUACCUUCCUAUUCUUCAGAAGGCUAUUGAGAGGUGGUACCAAGAACCGGCAUGUACAACUCCCAUCCUGAAACUAAUGGCAGAACUAAUGCAAAACCGGUCCCAGCGUUUGAAUUUUGAUGUAUCAUCUCCUAAUGGAAUUCUUCUCUUCAGAGAGGCUAGUAAAAUGAUUUGCACUUAUGGUAAUCAGAUCCUGUCCCUUAGGAACCUCUCAAAAGAUCAGAUUUAUCCAAUGAAACUCAAGGGCAUUUCCAUCUGCUAUUCUGCUCUCAAGUCUGCCUUAUGUGGAAAUUAUGUCAGCUUUGGAGUCUUCAAGUUGUAUGGGGACGACCAUUUUGACAACGUACUCCAGGCCUUUGUCAAAAUGCUGCUUUCAGUGUCCCAUAGUGACUUGCUGCAAUAUCGGAAAUUGAGCCAGUCUUAUUACCCUCUCCUGGAAUGUCUCACACAGGACCACAUGAGUUUCAUCACUAAUUUAGAGCCUCAGGUGCUCAUGUAUUUACUCACGUCUAUCUCUGAGGGACUAACUGCUCUUGAUACAGUUGUUUCUUCUAGCUGCUGUACAAGUUUAGAUAACCUUGUGAGCUACCUCUUCAAGCACCUCUCAAAAGAAGGAAAGAAACCACUUCGAAGCCAAGCAGUUUCCCAGGAUGGUCAGAGAUUGCUCCAUUUCAUGCAUCAAAAUCCAGAUGUCCUACAACAGAUGAUGUCUGUCCUCAUGAACACCAUUAUUUUUGAGGACUGUCGAAACCAGUGGUCAGUGUCAAGGCCUCUGCUGGGCCUUAUACUCCUUAAUGAGAAGUACUUCAAUGAAUUGAGGGAGAGUCUGAUAAGCAGCCAGAUCAUUGGCAAACGUGAAGUCCUGAACCAGUGUUUCAGAAGCCUGAUGGAGGGUGUGGAACAGAACCUGCUGAUAAAGAACAGAGACAGAUUCACUCAAAAUCUAUCCGUCUUCAGAAGGGACAUGGCUGAAGCCCUACGCUCUGAUGGAAGUACAGAAAUGGGUAGUUUGGACAUGAUGAGCUGACCCAAUUCCAAUGACUCCCAUGAAGAAUAACAUAUUCGAAUAGACUCUGGAAGGUUUGGGCCUCGUAUUGCUGAUGUUGGCCAACCCAGGGGAAAUUUUUUUUUAAACAAUAUCUGCAUUUUUAUAACUCUGGCCUAAUUGUAAGAAUUUAUAAGCGUGAGAACAAUGUAAAAUCACAGUCUUUGCUUUAAAAAAAUGUUUUCAGCCUUUCUAUUUGUUCUUGUACUGCUGUAAAAUGGUGUAAAAACAAUACUUAACCAAAGAACAAAAUAAAUCCAGGUUUGCUCCAAAA